CACAUAUCUAUUUUCACUGCGCUAAAAAUGUCAGACGAAUUAGAAGGGGCCACAAAUAAUGACCUUAUGUUAGCUGCCUGUAGAAAUGAUCAAGAUGACAUGUUGGAAGAUAUUUUGAAAGAAGGUGAUUUUGACAUUAAUCAUUCAGAUCCUUUAGGUGAUACAGCUCUUCAUUAUGCUGCUCGGUUUGGAUCAUUAACUUGUAUGGAAAUGUUACUUCGAGUGCCUGACAUUAAUGUGAAUCAAAAAAACAAAAAGGAAGGAAAUACACCAUUACAUUUAGCUGUUCAAUAUGAAGACGAUCCAGAAGUAGCUAUAGGCAUGGUUGCUCUCCUUAUUGAUGUUGGAGCUGAUCCAAGAGUUAAAAAUAAGGCAGGACAGACUGUAGCUGAUUAUGUUACUAACAGAAGAGAUGACAUGGCAGACUUAAUCACACAGGCAUUAGCAGGAUAUAAUAUGGUAGAAUCUGAUGAUGAGAAUUUUAAUAUUGAAUAA